CGCCGAUGUUCCCACGUUACCCGCUGCCCGGCCAUUUUCCCAUCAGUUUAAACUUCGCUUUACAUUUUUAUUUUAUUUAUUUCUCCCAUUUCCCUAUUUAUAUCUCUUUUUCCCUUCCUUUACUCCACACCCCCACCCUGCCUUUCUCCCUUUCCCUCUAUCCGAUCUCAGGUCAGGUGUCGAAAUAAUGGCUCCCACAGAGAAAGCGGCGGCGUUGGCGGCGGCGGCGGCCGCAGGUUGUGGGAGGUUUCGCGAAAUUCAGAAGGAUCAGGUGCAUUUCAGGGGUGUCAGGAAGCGGCCGUGGGGGCGGUUCGCGGCGGAGAUCAGAGAUCCCGGGAAGAAGAGCCGCGUUUGGCUAGGGACGUUCGACACGGCCGAGGAUGCCGCCCGGGCUUACGACAAAGCCGCCAGGGAGUUCCGUGGCCACAAGGCCAAGACCAAUUUCCCGGCGCCGGAGGAUCUCAAUUUCGUGUCCCUGUUCGACGCCCGAAAAACAGGGGUGGAUCGCCGGAGCCCGAGCCAGAGCAGCACCGUCGAGUCCUCGAGCCUCGACGGCGGCGGGCGCGCCCCGUCUCGUCCGGAUCCCGCCUCCGCAUUCACCUUCCAGAACAACCACCCCUUCGUGUAUCCCGCCGGCGGCCAGAUGUUUUACGUCGACGCGGUUGCGCGUGCGGCGGCGAAGAACCCACCUCCUCCCGAGCGCCGACGAGUACCGGACACGCUGAAUCUGUUCGGCGGGGACCGCCGCGAGUGCGAUUCUUCUUCCGUCCUCGACUUGAACGGCGGCCGAGCCGGCCUCAUCGAUCUCAAUCUGCCGCCGCCGCCGCAGCCUGAAUGUUACCUUAAGUUGUAAUUUUUUGGAAGCGAAAUUGCAUAUUUUGUGAAUAGGUUAUGCCGAUCUCCCUUUCUCUCGAUCUGCAACAGAGGAGAGGCUAUCAAUUCUGCGGCGUUUGAUCUGAAGAGUUUUCAAGAUUUUGUUAUACCAAAAAUCAAUAAUAGUUAUAGAUUUUG